AUGAAACGCCAGCAGCCCCAUAAUUUAUCAGAGAUCGCGCGAGACCAGUUCCGAACCCCCAGCCGACCCAGCCCGCUGGGCCCAGCAGCAUUCGCAACCUCAAAAAGCACCUCGAAGCGACGCCGGUCCCCCGACUCAGCAGCACCCACGCGCAUUCACAAGAGGAGCUCUUUGCCCAGCGGCUCGCGGGCCCAGCCCACCCUCACCCAGAUCGACUUUGUAACGCAGCCCACGGACUCGGAUGAAGACCAGCUCGAUUACAUUGACGAAUUCAAGCCUCGUGGCGAGACCGAGACCCAAGACCCAGCUAAAGACGAUGACUCUGACGACGCGGACUAUGAAACACCCCGGGCUCGGUCGGCUCGGAUCUCGAAGUUCGGAAUGAAUCAUCCAGCGCGUGCAUCCAACGAACACCCGAAGAAACGACGAAGUGUUGGGAUUAAAGGUCGAGACUCUGAGCCGAGAAGCCAUGGCCUCAGAAAGAGCGAAACACCAAGGGCAAGUAUCGGUGCUAAAAGCCGUCGGAAAUCACUGGAGAAAUCGAAUGGGAAGCCAGACAAGACUCUUACACAAAUGGACUUUGUGCGGCGCUACAUAACCAUCGAUGAUGAUGACGACGACGAUGUCAACAUGGGAUACAUACAGCAAAAGCCUACCACAGAUAAUGCCCAUGAUGAAGAGCGAAAACCAAUGGUUGAAUCGAAGGAACCACCUCCGGAUCUUCCCCCGCUGUCUGCCAAACGCAACCCCAGGGUCUUUGAGGAAGAGCUGGAUCUAUCUACAGGAGAGCCCAUAUCACAGUCAGCCGAUACCCAAGAAGGAGAUUUAGGUCAAGUUCGUCAAGACGCUCCGUUAUCUGGGGCACCGGCGACGCCGCAGAAGCCUCGGAGGUUGGAGGUUCCCUCUUCACAGUCACCUGAAAGCCCCGGUCUGGCGAUCAUCACGUCGUCCCAGUUUCGGGGUGUUACUCGCUCGCCUUUGAAACAAAAGUCUUUGAACCUCCCUGACCAUCUUGAAAAGGCCAUUAAAGAGGAAUCUCCGCAGUCCGAACCGGCAGCUGAGAAUUCACACCAUCCAGAAGAUUCACUCAAUGCCACCACUGCUGGCUCUUCCACUGCUUCUGAGUCUCAAAAUCUGCCUCAGCCUACUUCUGCUGCGAAAACCGCUGUCUUAGUACCGCCCCUAAGGCCAACACCCCAAGGAUCUCCUGAAGCAAACGGCGAACCGACAAGCGAUCAACCCAAGAGGGAGAGGACAGUGGUGUACGAAACGGACGCCGAGACAGAUUAUGGUGACUUUGACGAAAGGUCAAACGAUGGGUCUGAGACCCCAUCGCCAGGGAUGGGACAGCGAGAGCAUGAUUCUAGUCCUGGCUCGCCAAAAGAUGACUCCCAAGAACUGCCAUUGCCGCCGGUCCAAUCCACAACAGAGCCGGAUUCUGCUCCUCCGUCCAACGUUCCUAUGUCGGAUGCCUCGAUCUGCUACCAGCGAAUGCACCCAGCUACACAAUUCCCACAUGAACCUAUUCCGGCGUUGAACACGCAGAAGCUGUCUGAGCUUUUCCCGCAUGAGAGCAGCACUCAAUACCCCCAACCAGAACCGCCACGACCUUUGCCCCAAGAACCUCCUGCAGCAUCCUUACAGACCCAAACACAAACCCAGACUCAGAGCCAGACCCAAAACCAGACCCAAGGGGAAAAGGUGCCAACAGAAUUUGUACCUGAAUCUUCGCCCACUCGGGAACGAGAAAGCAGUGUUGAUGUGCCGGACGCGAGCUUUUCCCGACCUCGCGUGCUUGACUCGGUGGUCCAAGUUGAGUCGUCACAGCCCGUCGACUGGGGCUCUAACCGACCCCGCGGGAUUCUUUCUCGCAGUCAGCUACUCACUUCGAGCGUGAUGGAGAGCGUUCCGUUGCCAAAUUUCUGGACGGGGAGCCAGGACAGUGUGGGAGAGCCGUAUAGCUUGCCGGAUGCUUCAUGA